UUUGGCCAAGCACAAGUUUAUCAGUGAGAGGAAUUAAAAUAACUUGAACGGUCUACCAAAGGAUUUCCCAGUUUUGAACUACAUUUCCCAGAAGUCUCGGGUGCGAAUUAUCCUCCCAAGCUAACUUGCUCUCCUCCUCCGGAGUCUGUGCAGCUCGCGGGGAUGGUAGGGCUGGUCUGAGAAGCAAACCCAUCUGAAACAACGUCCGAGUGGCCUUUGGGAGCCACGGCCUAAGCCUAAAAUGGGGCCUCGUGAGGACUCCCAGGGCGGUUCGAGAGGGAGCACAAUCCUUUCGGCAGGGCCGCAACUAAGCGGCGAGGAGAAUUCAGACCCUCGGCGUCCAUUUUGCACGACCCUAGCCGGUGUCUGCCUACGUUUCCCAGAGGAAUCCUCGGCAUGACAGUGCUUCUCGCGGGAAUUCAGCCUCAAAGUCACGCGCUGGUGGGAUUCUUUGGGUUUCACCGGCGCCUACUCCAGUGCAGUGGAGAAUUCUGUUUCGGAAGCUGGGAAGGCCGGAGCUCUACCCUUUUCCAAAAGAAGAGCCCAGAGAAGGUCCUUCCCUACAAAUAUCAAAGCCAUGGCUCAGUCAUGGAAUCAAAAUGUGGGAUCAAAAAAUUCUUUUUGAAGAAGGAAAUUUAUGAAAUAGAGUCAGCCCAGUGGGAGAUAAUGGGAAAACUUACAAGACAUGACCUUCAGUGCUCUGGUUUCCAAGAUGAUUGGGAAUGUAGUGGCCAGUUUGAGAAACAGCAUGGUUCUCAGGAGGAACAAUUCCGUCAAAUGAUACUCACUCAUGAAGAUUUACCCACUUUCAGCCACCAUCCAUCCUUUACUUUGCAGCAAAUCAUUAAUAAUAAAGAGAAAUACUGUACAGCUAAAGAAUAUAGAAAAACUUUUAGACAUGACUCACAAUUUACUACACCUCAGAUAAUUCAUACCAUCGAGAAGCCCUAUGAAUGUAAGGAUUGUGGAAAGUUGUUUAGACAUCCUUCAAGGCUUGCUCAUCAUCAGAAAAUUCAUACUGGCAAGAAACCCUUUGAAUGUAAGGAAUGUGGAAAAACCUUUAUUUGUGGCUCAGACCUUACUCGACAUCACAGAAUUCACACUGGUGAGAAACCCUAUGAAUGUAAAGAAUGUGGAAAGGCCUUUAGUAGUGGUUCAAACUUUACUCGACAUCAGAGAAUUCACACUGGUGAGAAGCCUUAUGAAUGUAAAGAAUGUGGGAAGGCCUUUAGUAGUGGUUCAAACUUUACUCAACAUCAGAGAAUUCAUACUGGGGAGAAACCCUAUGAAUGUAAGGAAUGUGGCAAUGCCUUUAGUCAGAGCUCACAACUUAUUAAACAUCAAAGAAUCCAUACAGGUGAGAAACCUUACGAAUGUAAAGAAUGUGAAAAAGCUUUUCGUUCUGGUUCAGACCUUACUAGACAUCAGAGAAUUCAUACUGGUGAGAAACCCUAUGAAUGUAAGAUAUGUGGGAAAGCCUAUUCUCAGAGUUCACAACUUAUUAGUCAUCAUAGAAUUCAUACAGGUGAGAAACCUUAUGAAUAUAGGGAAUGUGGAAAGAACUUUAAUUAUGAAUCACAAUUUAUUCAGCAUCAAAAUUUGUACUGGUGAUAAACCAGAAUAUAUGAAAUGUAUAGGAAGUUUUUAAAUUAUGGCUCAAAACUAUUCACCGUCUUUGAACUUAUCUUGCUAAUAAGUCCUCUAGAUAGAAUAAUGUGGAAACAUUUUAUUUGUUGACUACAGUUUAUUCAGCUUGAGAAAAAUAAUGUUGGAGAAACAUGAUAUGAAUAGAAUACAUUUUGGAAGCCCUUUAGUAAAAGCUUGUAUUUCUUUUGACAUUAGAUAAUUCAGUCUAGCAAACAAGUGGAAAUGACAGCACUUUUGAUACCACUCUAAUCUUUUCUUCUUUUUUUUGAGAUAAGAGUCUCACUUGGUCACCCUUUGUAGAUGCCAUGGCGUCAUAGCUCACAGCAACCUCAAACUCUUGGGCUUAAGUGAUUCUCUUCCCUCAGCCUCCCAAGUAGCUGGGACUACAGGUGCCCGCCACAACGCCCAGCUAUUUUUAGAGAUGAGGUCUUGCUCUGGCUCGGGCAAUACACCCUCAUUGGACUCCCAAGUGCUGGGAUUACAGGCGUAAGCCACCUCUAAUCUUAUUACACAUCAGAGAAUUAUGUAGGAAUGUAAUCCUGUGAUUUUCAUUUUCACCCCAAUUUGGUUUUAAUUGUUACAUUCUUAAUAUUUUAAAACAUCUUAAGUUUAUAUGACUAUGAAGUUUAUUAGUUUACAUCAUGGUUUGUAAAAUAUCUUUAUUUUUAAAAUACCUUUAAUACCUGAAAGAAUUGACCUCUUUAUUUUUUGAAGAUGGCUUAUUUUUUCAUGAGAAAAAGAGUAAGCCUUUCUUAUUUAAAAAAUGUUCAUUAACAACUUUCUACUCAGUAAAUAGAGAUGCUCUAAUUAUCUUCAUGGUGUUUCAUUGUGUUUCUAUAAUAAUAUUUAUCGAAUCCCUAUGGAUGGACAUCGUAGUUUCCUCCACAUGUUUUGCCAAAAUGCAUGCCCCUGAUGGACAUUCUCCUUAGUCAUAUCUUUGUAUUAUCAUUUUUCUAUCUUUUUAAUGGAUAAUAUAUCUGAAUAGAAAUUACAAAAUGAGGCUUGGUGCCUAUAGCUCAGUGGUUAGGGUGCCACCCACAUGCACUGGGGCUGGCAGGUUUGAACCCAGCCUGGGCCAGCUAAACAACAAUGACAACUGCAACAACAACAAAAAAAUAGCCAGGCGUUGUGGCGGGUACCUGUAGUCCCAGCUCGUGGGAGGCUGAGGCAAGAGAAUUGCUUAAGCCCAAGAGUUGGAGGUUGCUGUGAGCUCUGACGUCAUGGAACUCUAUUGAGGGCGACAUAGUGAGACUCUGUCUCAAAAAAAAAACAAGAAAUUAUAAAAUGAGACUUAUUAAGAUACCUACCUCAUAGUGUUUUGUGAAGGUUGUAUGAAUUAAAACACAAAGCGUUUAGAAUUGUGCCUGGCCUAUAAUAAAUACAUACUCAUUGAAUGUUAGUCAUUAUAUUCCUUGUUAUCAUCAUCAUUAUUAUUUUUUGAAAGGCUUUUUAACUUCUGCAGAUCUUACUGACUUCAUACAGGGUAUUACCUGAAGAAAGCCUCUUUGAGGAUAAUGAAUUGAAAAUUUCCAUCAUCACUGAUUUCCUACUGAACAUUAAAUAAUCCUAGGUGUUGGUGGGGAAAGUAAUGUGAGUAAUAUAAUACGUGAGAAGAACUUUAUUCAGACUAGUAUCCUUGUUCUACCUCAUAAAAUACCUAGUAUAAAAAGUAACAAGAAUAUAGACCAAUAUUGGUGAUGCUGAGGAAGAAAAAAGUGUGAAAAGAGAAAUAAACGGCAUUGCAUUUGAAAAAUGGAUAGAGAUAGAAACCUUAUAGUUAUAGAUGUAAAAGUUUAUACUGAAUAUAGUAUGCUUGUUUAAUAUACUUGAGAACCUAAACAAAAUGAUUUGUUUAGAAAAAUAUUAAUCACUAGUAUUGACUCGAAGAUAAAUAGAACUCUUAGAAGAUGCUCGUAAACACACAUAAUAGGAAAAAUUAGCAUAAGAUCAAUUAGCUAUUACUAAUGAAGGACCCAAUCCAAUUUAUUUUUAGGUAAAACUUUUUUCAAGUGUUAAGAAACCAUUUCAGUUAUAUAGAAAUAGAUAUACCAUUUUACUAUUUUUUUGUUUUGUUCAUUUGUUUGUGUUUUUGAGAUGCAGUCUUACUCUUUCGCCCUGGGUAGAGUCUGUCAUCAUAGCUCACAGCAACCUCAAACUCUUAGGCUAGGCGAUCCUAUUGCCUCAGCCUCCCGAGUAGCUGAGGCUACAGGUACCCACCAUGAAGCCUGGCUAGUUUUUUCUAUUUUUAGUAGAGAUGGGGUGUCACUCUUGCUCAGACUGGUCUUAUACUCCUGAGCUCAAACAAUCCACCUUGGCCACCCAGAGUGCUAAGAUUACAGGCAUAAGCCACUGAGCUCAGCCCAUUUUACUUUAAUUUUGAUGUCAGAGAUAAAUUAGGAAGAUACAAAAAAGAAAACUAUUUUUUGGUGUCUCCCAUGAAGAUACUUAGGUUACUACAAAAGUUUUGAGACAUACUGUGUUAGGGUUCGUUAUUUCAGUUCCAAGAAACAAGGUCAGCAGCAUCCUGUCGGAUUCACCUGUACAAGUUCCAGCUUGCUCAGCUUAUCAGUGUUGCUGGAGGUCUUCAUUUGUUUCUGUGUAGAUUUUAAAUUUUUUUAUUUUUGUGUGUCUCAAAACUUUAAUAAAGAUUAUAUGUACCCUUUCUAAGAGAUUAGCAAAUUGUAUGUUUCUAUUUAGAGGGUAAGAAAAACAGACCUGGUUGGGACAGUACUUAAAGAAUAUACCCAGUGCCCAGUUCCAGGUAACUGUGGUGCUAUGAGGAAACACCGGCCUUGUUUUUCUUCUGACUUUGUAGGAAAUCCAAAAAUCUACAUUUUUAAAAUGUUCGAUAGCUCCUGAUUUUUAAAAGAUUUUUAAAAUGUUCAAUAGCUCCUGAUUUUUAAAAAGUCAAUUAAAAAAAAUCAUCAUAAGGAACAAGGAAGGUAAUAUUGGCUCUUGAACUACAUGUGCACACAAAACUGAAAAUAAAAAUUUUUAAGGAAUUAACCUGUCAAAAAAGGAAAUCCAGACCAUCACAAUUUUGCUAUAACAGUAAAUAAUGUCAUUGUAAUUUUAUAGUGUGUUCAAGACCAAGGAUCACCAAACUUUUUCCCUAUUGGGCCAGAGAGUAAGUAUUUUAGCCUUUGUGUGCCGUUGUCAACUCUGUCAUUACAGUGUGGAAACCUAGUAAAAGUCUCUUUAAGAAAUUUUGAAGUUUCUUAAGAAGUCCAGAGUUUAGCUUUGUUUAGGUUUAGGAUACUUUUUGAGAUGGCUCUUUAUUGUGCCUCAAUUUUCAUGCUCCUUACAUUGGAAAGUUACUCUUCUGUGGAAGGAAAAUUCAUAUAUUCCGUUAUCUUAGACGUGUCUUUUCAUGCCCUACUCUCUUUUUUCUUAGGUCCUAUGUAGGAAGAGUUUCUUUGAACGCUUCUUAAAGUAACAUUGAAGUAUUUUUUACAGGAAUAAGGAGGUAAAAUAUUUCAUAAUAAAUUCAAGAAACAUAGAGUGAGCAAAUAUCUGCAGAUGGGAGAAUUACUAAAAACAGCAUAUUCUGUUCUAAUGUUUUGUAUGAUUAUCAAAAUGAGAACUGCCAAAUGAAAUUUAAUUUCGUGAGCAUAUUUAAGUCUUAUAUUAAGUUCCUCAUCUAAAAUUACACAGUUAGUACAGUUGCACCCAAAUUAAUAAAAUAAAAGUAAAAAGAAACAAAAUCAACAUCCACCCCUCUCUAUUCCUCAUUCCCACUCUGUCCAUUUCCUUUGGAAUAAUAUUUAAAGAUUCUGUAUAUUUCUUCAUGUUCUAACAUUAACACACAAAUAGAUUAUUUCAUAUAUAUAUAAUUUCUACAAAAAAUGGAUGAUACUUUAUAUAGUUUCUAUGAAAUUUGCUUUUUUACAUUCAACUGUACAUUUUGGAUUUUCCUUCAAGUCAGUAGAUGAUGAUUUAACUUAAUUUUUUUAAUGGUUACCAAAUCUUCCACAGGAUGCUUGUACCAAUACUAUUCAACUAUUUCCCCACUUGUGCUGUCUCAGAUUGUUUUCUCUUUUUUGCCAUGUAAGAGUAAUGCUGCAAUAAACAUUUUUAUA